AUGCCAGAGCCCGUACAACUCCAGGAAGUGUUCGAUGCUGCAGACAAUUUUUUACGUCCUGUUAUAGAUCGAGGCAUGCAUUACAAAAAUCUCCAUGAAAUUCGCAACAAUCGUGGAGGCUCUCUUGUUGAGAUUUUAAGUCAGAAGCUUCCUACGUCUCCAAAAAAUGAUGAGACCCAGGCUCGUUUGUCAAUCAUAGAAAAAGCGCUUCAGUAUCUACAGGAUAUCCAUAAGGCAUUUGUCUUAUCUGCAAACUCCAAGACACUUAUUGAAAAUUCUUCGGAUGAUCCUCGGGAAGAUGCUAGAAGACGUCGGACUUUGAAUACGCUCUUAGACUUGAUUUCGAUCGAAGGUGUCUAUCCUUCACUUUCUACAGGUGUUGGAAUACCAUUGGAAAAGAGAGUUAUUACAAAUCUUCCUCCUGGUGUCAUUCCUAAACAUGUGCCGGAAAUCGCAACUGAUAAGUCGCAAAAUGAAGCUCUUCUACGUCGUAUACUGUCAACACUUAUCAAUAUCGUACUGGAUGAUCGCGAUGGAAUCCAAUCAAUUGUUCGAGGACGUGUCCUGAGCGACAUCAUCAGUGGUGUAGCAGAAUUAGCUUUCAACACCUGUGACGUAUCCGAUCAAGGGACUAACAAAUUGCAGCAAGACUUUGACAGAAUCAUUGCUGAGUCGCCUACAUCGGCUAUACUACCAAUAUUGUCGAAUUUCUUACAGCCAGAAGCUGCUUCCUGGUUCAAAUCAAUCAUAUCCGCUCGUAUAUCACAGAUCCCUUUGCGCGAGGAUGGUGUUAUACAUACCAUAUGGUUUCUUGCCUCGCAAUUUGCCCCAACACUUGGAGAAGGCGUCACGGAGCAGUCCUCAGGCGGGCCGCCGAUCACCGUUCAAGCAAUAAUGCAAAUAUCAAAGCUCCUGUCGUCAGUUCCACAGGGUAUGGACCCCACCAGUUACUUCCAGAAUCUCGCCCCAAAGCUGCUUACCUUGAUCGACUGUGAUGAUCCCGAUCUAAAGCGCACCGCGGCGUAUGUGGUUGGGAGCGGGAUAUUGGGUAAAAGAGCAUAUGGAGCGCCUGGCACCAUAGGACACUCCAUUUUCAUCGUACCUUUAUUUAAAGCGAUCACAGCAAAGAUAGAUGACGAUGCUAGAAAAUGGUUGAGGUCGUUCAACCCAUCAGCUCAGAAUGCAGAGCAUGGAGACAUCGAGCAUUCAUUAACUGAAGUCUUGGUUGAAGAUUCAACCCUCCUUCUAGCUAUAGAAAGACUUUGCACGAUUACCUUACAGCACCCCAAUCCUGGACUUGUGAAAAGGCUAGUUCAGCCUAUAUUGCUCCCUCUCUGGGGCUUAGCAUGCCACGCUCAGGCCCAGAACACAGGGUAUGAUAAGCCCUGGUCUUUACUUCAGACUUAUUUUAGUCUAUCAGCGGGCUUGGUACCUUUCCAAAGACUUGCGGACAAUUUGCUCUAUGACGGGGGUGAUGAUUGGAUAUUUCAAAAUUCCCUGGGUGGUAUUUCGCUGGUAAAACGGACCAAAUCAGAAUUCAACCUGAUCCAGUUAAUGGAUCAGUUAGACCAUCGUGCUGAGAAGUUUACGAAGCUAAUGAACAUUGAUCCCCAAAGUGAAGACCGAACCGGCGAUAUCUUCCUCUACGUUAGCCAAAAAUGGCUUCUUGAACCGCCAGACAACUCUGUUACUCUUCAGAUAAACCCAGCGGCAGGGUCAAAUAUCUAUUCACACACUAUCAUGGCAAAGCUUGUAAGCGCCAAGAUUGCAGAAAAGCUACUAGACGAAUUCAAGGAUAAUAUAUCUAGACAUCCGCUGAGAGUGUUAGAACUUGCGCAGCAAUUAAUACAGAGCGAACUGACAACAGCUAAUGAUGCAGAACGAAGACGCACCCUGCGUGAAAGUGGAAAAGCAUCUCUAGAAUCGUUAGCGAACAUUGCAAACCCAACCAUAGGUGAAUCGGUAUCCGAAGAUGAACAAAAAAGCUCUACAGAAAUUUUAUCCGCGACAUUUAGCUUGCUUUCAACUAUCCUGGCUUCUCCCGAGUUCUCUAUGUCACGAUCAAUUCUUCCAACUCUUGAGAGUAUCAAGUCGCAGCUGGACCGCCUCCUGCCUAGCCUUCCAAAAUUACUUUUGAGCCCAGGGCAAACGGCGUCUAUGCUGCUGGAAAUUCAAAUCAAUUCCCCUCAUGACACGCAAGUCACAGCAUCGACAUCUUCGCAUGUUACAGACCUUGACACCCAUCGACAGGCUCUUCGAAAUAUGACAUCAUCGCUCCUCCCCGUACAGGCAGAAGGAAUGUCGCUUUUAUCAAAACUCAUCAAAAAGUCCUCUCCGGUCCUCGACAUACCUUCAACCCUAACGCUAUUAUUAUCAAUCAUUACCGACCAGGGCUCAGAAACGUCUGGGGGUGAAGAUUUUAUCUACUUGAAUGCAAUCAAGCUGAUGGGUAUACUUGCAUCCAAUCAUCCUCGCACAGUCGUGAAAUCUCUUGUAGAGCGAUAUGCAGACAGGAAUGAAGAGUGGACGCUAGAUCAACGACUCAGAGUCGGCGAGUCAUUGAUCAGAACGGUAGAAGACCUCGGUGAAGCAUUGACUGGUGAGACCGCACAGAUUAUCGGAGAUGGAAUGAUCAAUGUUGCCAGUCGGCGAGGUUACAAACCCAAAACGCAUAAGGCGCGGAAGAGACAGAUCGAAGAGACGAGACGAGCUGAGGAGAGGAGAGCAAAGGAAAAUGAAAUUAGAUUACCACCUGGAUGGACGGUCUCGUCACCAGCGUUGUCCAACCCCGAACCCGAGUCAAUUCCCCUUGACGAUGAAGACUCCGAUGCAGAAACGCCAGAGCAAGCAGCACAGUCGGCCAACCUUCUAGCUGCUUGGGCUGCAGGCUCCCAAACAGACCUAGAGCCUGAUGAUAUCCGGAUCCGAGCCUCAUCAAUAUCAAUCCUUGCAAGUGCCAUUCAGACAAAUAUAGUCGGGCUAGGCGUUUCCCUUGCAACGUCAGCUGUUGAUCUUGCUAUGUCUACGCUUACCAUUGAGUCUAGUCCUGAGAGCGCUAUCCUGCGUCGCGCCAGUGCUGUCCUCUUACUCGAUAUUAUCAAAGCCAUAGAUUCAGAACGUGAAAGUGGUUCGAAGAGAUUAGGUUUUGGCUUCUCACUCACUUUAGAGGACCUAGAAAACACUGGCUCAUCUCGCAGCCUGGAAACAAUCGGCAGCAUUCCUAAAAUUUUAAACUCAUUAUCUAUUGUGGAAAGCCGAGAGACGGACAGCAUCGUACGGGAACAUAUACGUGUGUUGGUAGAAAGCCUGGAAGCGUGGAUGGAAAAGUCUCUUCUAUGGGGCAUAAGAGCGCAGUCAACCGGCGAGGAUCUCUCAGGCGAACCUAGGCUUCAGCUUGGGGAACACAUUGCAGGACUACAUCUUGACCCAUUGGCUAGACGCGAUUCUCAAAAUAGACCACGGAUCGAAGAAAUUGAAUGA